UCUUGGCUUAAUAUUGUGAUGGAAUCUGAUUCCAUAAAAAAAUAUAUAAAAAAAAAAACAAAAAUAUCAAUUGGGUAAGUACCCCUAUUAUAUUUCCAUUUUAUAAUGUUGGAAAAGAAAUCUUGAUUCCUUAGUCAAGAACAGGGUUUUCCUCUAGAAGGAGCAAAAUGGUUAUCUCAAGAAAUGGAAAAACCGAGCACGAUGACAGUUCAGAGUAUGAUAGAAAAAGUGAAGUUCAUGCCUUUGAUGAUUCAAAGAUGGGGGUAAAAGGACUAUUAGAUUCUGGUGUCACAAAGUUACCACGUAUAUUCUUACACAACGAGUAUGUGAGUGAAAAGAAAUCUGACCCUGAUGUUAUUAGUAAGUUUAGCAUUCCGGUAGUAGAUUUUCAAGGCUUGGGAAAAAGUACAGCUGAACAGGCUGAUAUUGUUCGCGAAAUAAAGGAUGCUUGUGAAAACUGGGGAUUUUUCCAGAUUGUCCACCAUGAAAUCCCAUCAAAUGUCAUGGAAAAAGUACUAGAAGGCAUUCGCCAUUUUCACGAGCAGGAUUCUGAGAUGAAGAAAGAGUUCUACUCUCGUGAUGUUACGAGGAAGGUCACGUACAAUAGCAAUUUUGAUCUACUCAAAUCACCAACAGCUAACUGGAGAGAUACCAUAUACUGUGUCAUGGCUCCUAAUCCUCCUGAUCCCAAAGAAAUUCCCGAGGUUUGCAGACAAGUUUUGACCGAAUACACGGAGUACAUCACGAAACUGGGACGUACUCUAUUUGAGCUACUCUCCCAGGCUCUAGAACUCAAAUCAAAUCACUUGAAAGACAUGGAUUGUGCCGAGGGGCUUUUUGUAGCUGGCCAUUAUUAUCCGGCGUGCCCUGAACCAGAUCUCACUUUAGGCCUUAGCGGUCACACAGAUAGUGGCUUCUUGACCAUUGUAUUACAGGAUCAAAUUGGUGGACUCCAAGUCUUUCAUAAAAAUCACUGGGUUGAUGUUCCUUUCUUACCUGGAGCUCUAAUAGUGAACAUUGGAGAUCUUAUGCAGCUCAUCACAAAUGACAAGUUCAAAAGUGUUCUUCACAGAGUUCUAGUGAAAAAUGUUGGACCAAGAAUCUCAAUGGCAAGUUUUUUCAGAAUGCAUUUUCAAGAAGGCAGCGAAUCGAGACUAUAUGGUCCAAUCAAGGAGUUGUUAUCCAACGAAAACCCUCCAAUCUACCGGGAAACAAGCCGAAAAGAGUAUGUCACACGUUUAUACAACAAAGGGCUCGAUGGAACUUCUUUAUUAUCACAUUUUAAGUUACAGAAUAGUCUGCUAUGUCAUCUCACCAUCGUAUAUAUUCAUGUUCGUGUUGCAUUCUGUUUCAGAAUAAUUGUCGUAGAAAUGUUCUUUCUACAUGACUUUUCAAAAGGAAAGCCACACACUAGUCAACACUAUCAGCGACACUUUUAAUUUUGUC